AUGUCUUCAGCCGUCGACAAAGCACCCCCAAAGCUAGGCUCCAAGACCGGGACUCCCUCCAAGGCCCGCAACGGCUCCACCUCUAGCUCAGCCAGCAAGCGCAGCACCACCGACAGCCCUAAGUCGACAAAGAAAUCCACUGCCAGCAAACUCUCCAAAAAGGCCCCCGAGCCAAUCGAAGACGACGUCGAUGAGCAAUCCAUUCCUGAGACGCCCUCCCCGAAAUCAGCCAAGAAGUCCAAAUCCGAGCAACGUCGCCCAGCCUCCCCUCCAGACGACGCAGCUUCCCAAGCCCCUUCCGCCGCUGGCUCUGCCGCACCGCUCGGCCGUUCCACCUCUGGUCUAUCCGGUAAGGCCAAGGACGUUGCUGGGAAGACGAAGGAGACCGCCGAGCAGGGCGCGGAGACUGUCAAGAAUGGUGCUGAGAAGGGCGCAGAGACCGCCAAGGAUGCAGCUGAGAACACUGCCGACAAGCUGCCUCUCGAUUUGUCUGCCUUGAAGGGUCUGGAGGUCGCUGAUGGCGGCAACAUUCUCGGACAAGAUGGCAACCCGAUUGGCCAGGUUGUCGAGGGAGACCCUGAGGACCUUGUCGGCCAAACCGUUGGUGACGAUGGAGAGAUUCUCGAUGAAGAAGGCGAUUUGAUCGGACGAGUCGAUAUCCUCCAUGAUGUCGCCGAGCAAGCUAACGAUACCGCGGAGGAAGCGCGGUCUAAGGCUGGUGAUGUUGACCUGGAGAAUGUUGUCACCGAACUUGCUCAGCUUGAUGGACUGCCUGUUUCUGAUGGCGGUGUAAUUAAGAAUGAGGCUGGUCAGGUUGUUGGAAAGAUUGUUGAGGGUGACCCUGAAGAUCUUAUUGGGUUUACACUUAACGAUGAUGGAGAGGUUGUCGAUGAGGAUGGCGAUGCCAUUGGUCGUGCUGAGUUGAUUCCUGUUGAGGAGCAGAAGAAGGCGAUUGAGGAGGCCACUGGUGAUGCGACUGAGGAGGCCAAUGGCGCCAAGGAUGAUGUUGAGGAUCAGUACGAGGAUGCUCAGGAUGACCUCGACGCUGAUGAGGCCAAGGGAGCUGUGAAUGGUGCUGCUGAGAAAACGAAGGAGGAUGUGAAUGGAGCUGCUGAGGAAGCGGAGGAGGAUGUUUCUGAUGCCGAAGGCGCCGUUGACGAGAGCAAGAUCAACCUCGAGGACAAAGUCGACGGGGCCAAAGAUACUGCAGACGACGCAGCCGGAGACGCCAAAGACACUGCAGACGACGCAGCCGGAGAUGUCGAGGAUGCUGCUGACGACGCCCAGAAAGAGAUCCCUAAUCUCGAUACCCUCGAGGGUAUGGUCUGCAACAAGCGCGGCUACAUCAUCAAUCAAGAGACCAGCAAGCCGGUCGGCGAACUAACUGAAGGUGAUCCCAAGAAACUCGCCAAGCUCGGUGCCACCCUCGACGACAAGGGCCAGUUCUGGGACAACCGCGGCAACGUUAUCGGCAAGGCCAAGACCCUCCCCAUCGAGGAAGACGACGAGGACGAAGGCCCAUUCUCCGGACUCGAAGGCCUGGUCGUUGGCGAAGACGGUUUCAUUGAAGAUGAGGACUCCCGACGAGUCGGCCGUCUCGUCGAAGGCGAUGCGAAGAAGUUGAGCGGUCGUGGUGUCGACGAGGAUGGUGAAAUCCUCGACCGCAAGGGCAACGUUAUUGGUCGUGCUGAGCGUCUCGAGGAAGAGGAAGAGGAAGAGGAAGAGGAAGAGGAGGAAGCUGGUCCUGACUGGUCUGCUGUCAAUGGUCUCUCCUGCAACAAGGCUGGAUAUGUCAUUGGGCCUGAUGGGUAUCCGAUUGCCCGUGUUGUGGAGGGCAAUCCCAAGGAGCUUGUCGGCAAGAAGAUUGAUGACGGCGAGAUCUACGAUGGAAAGAAGGUCGUUGGUCGUGUUGAGCUCAUUCCUGAGGAUGAGCUUGAGAGCAGACCUGAGGGCCCGUUCGCUGGCAUGGAGAGCCUGAUUGUCACCAAGGAUGGAUUUGUCGAAGACGAGGAUGGGUCCAUUGUUGGCAAACUUGUUGAAGGAGAGGCGAAGAAGCUUCGUGGUCGUGCUGUCGACGAGGAUGGCGAGAUCACCGACAAAUACGGCAAUGUCAAGGGUCGUGCUGAACCAUAUGAGCCGCCCGAGGAGGAGGAGCCCGCCGAAGAGGACCUGUCUCUUCUGGAGGGCAAGGUUGUCAACAAGUCUGGCAAUGUCGUCGAUCCCGCUACCGGUGCUGUCGUUGGACGUGUCGCCGAAGGCGAUAAGCGUCUUGCUGGUUGCAAGGUUGACGGCAAGGGCCAGAUCUGGGGUGACAACGGCAAGGUUGUCGGACGUGCCGAGCUCAUUCCUGGCGGCGAGCAGCAGAAGGCCGAGGGGCCUUUCUACGGCUUUGACAACGCUGUCGUCGGGAAGGAUGGUGUUGUUCUCGACGGCGAGAAGACGAUCGGUCGUCUGAUCGAAGGUGACGCCAAGCGUCUUCUUGGCCGCAAGGUUGAUGAGGAUGGCGAUGUCCUCGACAAGAACGGCAACACCAUCGGCAAGGCUGAGCGCUGGGAACCCGAAGAGAAGAAGCGCGACGUCAAUCCCAUGUCUGGUCGCAAGGUCAACAAGGAGGGCGAAGUUCGCGAUGCCGAUGGCAAUCUCAUUGGCAAACUGACUUCCGGCAACCUCGCCACAUUGAUCGGAAAGCCUGUCGACGACAACGGCUAUGUUGUCGACAAUGACGGUAACAAGAUCGGCGAGUGCACUUUGCUCGAGAACAUCCCCGAGCCCGAGGAAGAGGAGGAAGGUCUUACUGCCGAAGAGCAAGAGGCCGCCGACAAGGCCGAGACCGAUCGCCAACUCGCCGAGAAGAUGAUCUCCAUCCUCAGCCAGACCCUCGACCGAGUCAAGCCUGUCUGCAAAAAGAUCGACGAGGCCUGCGAAAAAGCCGACCGAACCCCCAAGGACGAGCUCGACGAGGAGAAAGUCGUCCAAACCGUCAAGCCUCUCCUCGAAGAAGGCGGCCGCAUCCUCCAAGAAUGCAACGGCGCAAUUCGCGCACUUGAUCCUGAUGGCCGCAUCGCCGCGACCGCUAAGGCCCGCGCUGCCUCCCGCGACGCCACUCCCGAGGAGUACCAGCUUGCCGAUCUGAUCAAGGAGCUUACUGAGACGGUCGUCAAGUGCAUCGACAAUGGCAAGAAGCGUAUCGAGGACAUGCCUCAUGCCAAGAAGAAGUUGAACCCCCUCUGGGGUUUGCUUUCUGAGCCGCUGUUCCAGAUCAUCGCUGCCGUUGGCUUGUUGCUUACUGGUGUGCUCAAUCUGGUUGGUCGUCUGCUUGAUGGGCUUGGUCUUGGUGGAAUUCUGAACAAUUUGCUUGGCACUCUUGGAUUGAACAAGGUCAUUGAGGGACUCGGUCUUGGUAGUGUGACUGAAUCUCUCGGACUCGGUGGGAAGAAAUGA